AUGUCCGCUUCGAGUACAACCACCACUGUCACUGUCUCCUCGGCGCAUGGCGUCUCUUCCUCCUCAGUUCCAGUUGUCUCUUCCUCUUCAACUACCAUAUCUUCGAUUUCUUCGGCACCAGUCAUCUCUUCUUCCUCUAUCACAGUCACCUCUUCCUCAACUCAACUCGUCUCUUCCUCUUCCGUUUCAACCUCAUCACCAUCAUCAUCACCCUCACCCUCACUCUCACAACCAUCAAUCCCCUCCUCCUCAGCAAUCCCCACACCCCCAUCUCACCACACAGCCUCUCAAACCCUCUCCCCGUCCCACCUAUCCGCAGAACCAUCUUCUCUCCUACAAAUUGCCACUCCAAUUGCUAUUCCCCCACCUACCAGUACUUCAAUAUCUCUCCUCACCCAACUCCAAGACGCCCUCGAUUUCAUCUCCACGCUCCUCGGUCUCUUUUUUGUAUCCCUCCUCACUCUCCUCCUCAUCUACUGGAGCACCCUCUACAUCCUCCGCAAAACCAUCGGUAUAAGCCCGCGCGACACAUCACCCAUCGCGCAACUAAAAAACAAAAAUAAAAACAAUACCCCCAACUCCCCAAGCUCCCCCAAAUCACCUACCUCCCUUAAAACCACCUCUUCUCUUCCCCAAAAGAAAGAAGUAGGAUUUGCCCCCCACCCCUCCGACACCGAAUUUAUUCUCGCAGGAAAAAAAGCCCAAGAAACCAAACGUCGUCUCUCUUCUAUCCCACAAUCUCCUACGACCCCUACAUCUACCACUCCUCCCCACUCCUCCUCCUCGCCAUACACACUCUUCCCUUCCUCGCAGCCCUGGCCUACCGACGGCGUUCAACUCGCCGGUCUGGGAUCCGUAUCCGAAUCCGAAAAAGAUAAAGUGGAGAAGAUAGCGCAAGCUACGGAUGCUGAGGAACUAGGCGAGGCAUCGGGAAGGAAAAAGGAGGACGUGUUGGCGGAGGCAGAUUUGGAGUUUCAGAGGGGAGUGAGAGAUGUGAGUGGGGAUACUGAUGCGAUUGAGAGGAGGGGAGGGAGGAGUUACGGGGCUUUGUAG